UGAAAUUCAAGGCUCUGCCCUUCAGGCCCAGCUCUAAUUGGCCAAGCGUCCCAGAACUGGCGUUGACCCCGGAGAAACCAUGACAAGAUGGCUUCCCUGGAUCGGGUGAAGGUGCUGGUGUUGGGGGACUCAGGUGUUGGUAAAUCUUCACUAGUUCAUCUUCUAUGCCAAAAUCAAGUGCUUGGAAAUCCAUCCUGGACUGUGGGCUGCUCAGUGGAUGUCAGAGUUCAUGACUACAAAGAAGGAACCCCAGAAGAGAAGACUUUCUAUAUAGAAUUAUGGGAUGUUGGAGGCUCUGUGGGCAGUGCCAGCAGUGUGAAAAGCACAAGAGCAGUAUUCUACAACUCUGUAAAUGGUAUUAUUUUAGUACAUGACUUAACAAAUAAGAAAUCAUCCCAAAACUUGUAUCGUUGGUCAUUGGAAGCCCUCAACCGGGAUUUGGCACCAACCGGAGUCUUGGUAACAAAUGGGGAUUAUGAUCGGGAACAGUUUGCUGAUAAUCAAAUCCCACUGUUGAUAAUAGGAACUAAACUGGACCAGAUUCAUGAAAACAAGCGCCAUGAAGUUUUAACCAGAACAGCUUUCCUGGCUGAAGAUUUCAAUGCAGAAGAGAUUAAUUUGGAUUGCACAAAUCCACGAUACUUAGCUGCAGGUUCUUCCAAUGCUGUCAAGCUUAGUAGGUUUUUUGAUAAGGUCAUAGAGAAGAGAUACUUUUUAAGAGAGGGUAAUCAGAUUCCAGGCUUUCCUGAUAGAAAAAGGUUUGGGGGAGGAACAUUAAAGAGCCUUCAUUAUGACUAAAUUACACUCAUCGUUUGGAAGAGUGAGCAAGCAGUGGUGAUUUUUCACAGCUUUUCUCUUGCUGUGUCAAUUAUUAACGUCUCAGCCUUUUAAGGAAAUCAUCUUGAAAUACCACCCUUCAGCCUCACCCUCUAAUGGAAAAAUGAAAGGAAGUGACAAUGUGGGGGGUCCAGACUUGGUCCCCAUUCUCUCCAUUCCUCAGCUUUCUGUCCCCAUUUAUAGAUUAUGUAAAAGCCUUGUGGAAAUAUGAUAUGUUGUCAAAAUGGUACAGUAAAUGAGCAGUGACAGAGUGCUGCAGAGAAAAUUUACUCUUGCCUAGAUCUGGAGGGUUUUUAAUGGGUCUGUAAUUUUCCCACACUUAUUGCUGAAGGUUUAAUUAAGUACUUCAAAAAUGUAUCUCUAUUGUUUUACCUUCUUGAGGGGAAAAGUUAUGUUAACCAGCCCUAAGUUGUCCACCCCAAACAAUCUCUUUGUCAUUUUCGAAGAAGCAAAAUGGUGCUAUUUAAUUGUCGCCACCCUCAUCACACACUGGGAUACCUAAUAAUAGCAACCCUUGUCUGCCUCUCUUUCUCUCCUUUGCAAAUCGCUCAGUGGCUGGAAGAGGCAGACUAAUAGCUGGAGUUAAAUAUAAAUACAGAUUAAUAAUACAUAGAGAACAGCAGUACCAGAAAAGAUGAAUACUGUGAAAAAUUGGCAGCUCACUAAAUCCUUCACUCUUUAGGUUACAGCUAUCUGCAGUCUCUUACUGUUUCUGUUUUGGAAUUAGGUAGGAUGAAAUCUGAGACCUGCAGAGGGACAGUAAGAGAAAUUUACAGCCUCUUGAGUUUUUAUUUUUUUGAGGAAGUCAACUCCCUGAAAUGUCCCUUAAAUAUAGUCAGUAUACUAAGAAAACGAUUCUUUGUGUCAACAGUGUAUUUAUGGAGAGAAGUAAGAGUAAGUUUCACAGGGGCACAUUUACAUGAAUUAUGGAAUAGAAUUCUUGGAUUUUGUAAUCACUCCAAUACUAUAUUUACUAUCACAUUGAUUUUUGUGUGUUUUGAGUGGAAUUUGGGGGGUGGUGUAUGUGUAUGCAUAAUUGUUCAUUGUUAUAUUUUUACCCGUCUUUUUUGCUUGUUUAAUUCUCUCUGCUCCAGUACUUCCUUAAUGAAUAAACCUCGUUUCCCAAAA